CAUUCCUCAAGCUCGCCGCGCUCGAGCCAUGGAUAAGUCAUUAAAGAAUGAUUAUAUCCAAGCAUACCUCGACCGUCAGAAAGUCUAUGUACAUUCAUAUUCUUCUGAGGGAAUCGAACUUCAUCGCCCGUCAAAAAUAUCCAACGGGACACCAACGAGGGCGCGGCGUGAAGAAACGAAAGAGCUUAACUUUGGGUUCGACACGCCUAUACUCGUCCCCCGCGUGGCCAAGCCUAUUAUCAGUACGGACAAGCGCUCAGUCGCAGAGCUCUCCGCCAAGGCAACGCAAAGGACCCGAAAGCCUCGGAAGGUACUUGAUGCUGAGACCUCUGCAAAGGAAACCAAAGGCUCAGUGCGUGCACCGCUCAGCACCGCUCAACGUGAUCCAUCCAAGCGGAAGCGUAAGAAGGCUGAAGUCCCGUCGGAUUCCGAUGAAGAACGCCAGGCUAGACUAAACGAGCGUCGAGAACGGAAACGCGUAAAGCGCGAUAUCGUGAAACCAGACAUCAAUAUCGCAGUGGAUAGCUCUCCAGCAAGUAAAAAGGAAGAUAAGAUGGUUGCUCGUAAAAAGGGAAAGAAACACUCGGGCAGCGCGGGUCUUGCACUCUUGCACGGAUUCUCAGCGACUAAUGUCGGUAAAAACCGCCUCACGUUAAAACCGUUGGCAUCUCUCGGAGUGUUUAUGAAGGGAAAAUCAUCCGCCAAGACGAAGGUAUACAAAGCGAAGGAGCCAUCCCAGAAGUUAUUUUCAGAAUUAGCGUUUCUCGAGAAGACAACCAAGCAACACGAGUCUCUGGUGGAUGGGUCAAUUAUACUCGACUCUUCCUCUCGACCACCCUCCCCAUCUGGGAAGAAGAUCACGAUUACGAAUUAUCGCAAAGACAAGAAAUCGGCACGACGACCCACAAGCCGCCAUUCUGCGGUUCCGGACCUUCCUAGGGGAAGCCCAGCCAUGUCGGAGCCGUGGGACAUCGAGCUUCAAAGCAAAUGUCUAUCUUCAGACGGUUUCUGCCCUCAGCCAGACAAACACAUAACCGGGUCGCUAGUACUCGAUCCCCGUAUGGCCAGUUGGCAUGAUCAGAAGCUACCAUCUGAGGGCCAGGUGGUACACUCUUCCCUUAUAAUGACUCCCGUGAAGGAAACGUCUCAUGACUGUAUGCCUGACGAAAUUCUAUCAUCAGUUCCGGCGUCUGCCAUCGCGACCGUCUAUGAUCUUAAUGGCGACUCGUCUAUUCAUCCCUCUCAUUCUGCGUCUCAGGUUGGCCUUAAACGACUUGACCAUCCAAAUCCUUCUGUCGAGCUUCUCACUUCAAAGUAUUUUGAUGUACAUGACAAUCAUGACACGGGGCGUGUAUCACCAACGUUCGAUCAACCACACCCUAUAGCCAACUCUUCUGGUGUGAUGGACCACAAUCCCCGUGACGCAUAUUCUCUCUCUGUUUCCCACCUGCAUGACGCAAACACAACGCGUCACGCCACUCCUUUGAAUGACAUGAUCUCCAGCAGCCCUUUACGCGUCCAUGGUAUCCCCGAGGAGCCUUUUCUUCCCUUAGCAGACGAUCUUAUCCCAACUUAUCGAGGCUACUCUAUCACACAGGAUGGUUGCUCAAACGAGGACGUUAUUCCGGCAUGGUACGCUCCUGACGAAUGUACGACCGACUUUUUUGAAGGGGACUCUGACUAUCAUGAUCUUCGUGACCAAGACCUGGCAUUUCUGGAACCUCCACAUCUUGUCAAUGAGUCCAGCUUCUACCCUCCGGUGCAGGCUUACUCGAGCGACGGGUUGCACGAUAUUUCAGUGGAUGACGUGGUCGUGCUUCACGAGGCAUAUGAAAGUCCUAGGCAACUCAUCGAAUAUACACAAGAGGUGGACGACUACGAACAUUCAGACGUCGUGAUCGAUCGAUCUUCAUUGUAUCGUGAUUCUUUCUCGUCACCCUCCCGCUCUCAAGCUACAGCAGAGGCAUAUGACAACACUUCCUGCACUCUGCGCCCGUUCUUGCAAGGUCGUGCGAUGCUACUUGGCAUCCCCCCGUACGUUCCCCCUUUGCAGGACCCUGAACAGACGAAAGUUGGAAGUGGUUUGCUGUCAGCUGAAGUGGAUGUUGCAAGAUACUUGAAAGACCAUUGGCGGCCGCAUAGAUUAUGAUAGUUGUUCCUUGUAUACGUUAUAGUAUUAUCUUGUU